AUGUUUCCAACCGGGGGCCUCGUUGUCUUCUGUGGGCUGUUGGCCCAGACCACAGCCCAGCUCGGCCUGCCCUUGCCCCUGGGUCAGGUCCUGCCCUUGGAUGGGACCCUGCCCUCGAGUCCCACAGAUCUCACCAGAAGCUUGACAGGUGCCCUCAGCAAUGGCCUGCUCUCGGGGGACCUGCUGGGUAUUCUGGAAGGCCUUCCCCUCUUGGACACCCUGAAGACUGCAGGAGGCACGACGGAUGGCCUGCUUGGGGGACUGCUGGGCAAAGUGGCUUCACUGAUCCCUGGCCUGAACAGCCUCAUUGAUAUUAAGGUCACUAACCCCCAGCUGCUGGAACUCGGCCUCGUGCAGAGCCCUAAUGGCCAUCGUCUGUAUGUCACCAUCCCUCUCGGCUUGACCCUCCAAGUGAAUACGCCCCUGAUCGGAAAUGUAUUGGAGCUGGCUGUAAAGCUGAACAUCACUGCAGAAAUCUUAGCUGUGAGAGAUGAGCAGGAGAGAGUCCACUUGGUCCUUGGUGACUGCACCCACUCCCCUGGCAGCCUGAAAAUCUCCCUGCUUAAUAGGUUUGUUCCCCUCCCCGUUCAAAACUUUGUUAACAGCAUCACAGCAGUCCUGGAUAAAGUACUUCCUGAGCUGGUGCAGGGCAAGGUGUGCCCUCUGCUCAAUGGGAUUCUCAGCCACUUGGAUGUCACCCUGGUGCAUGACAUUGCUGCUAUGCUGAUCCCCGGACUAACAUUUGUCAUCAAGGUCUAG